AUGUCAAUCGUGAACGACACAGGCAACCCUGCGGUCAACGCGACCUUGGCAUGCUUCCCCGACAUUCCGAAGGAUUCAUCUCUUCGAGGGCUUUACGACGAGGAGAAGAGCAUCCUGGAGGCCUGCUUCGGAUUUCGACAGCACGUGGAGACUCGAUGGGUGGACUUGCUGACACGGGAGCGGCAUGUUGAGAGCCGCAGCAAUGUGCGGCGAUUUUCCACUGGACGGCUGGUGGUCAACGGGGACAGCAAGGACAGCAACAUAUUAUGGCUCCAGAGUGAAUUGGCCGUAUGCGGCCGCCCUGUUUCCCAGAACGAGCAGGAGAAUGGUGCUCCGACCAGCGUGUUGCCGAAGGCAAGCUCAUUGCUCCUUCCGGAGGGCUCAAGCCCCGACUCAGACCUGCGGAUCUCUGAGCGCAACCGUCCUAGCCCUGAGCAGCAAUCGGCUCAGAAGGGUGCAGGUCGUUUGCAAUUGCUCUUGGAGUCGCUCGUGAAGUUCACUCCUUUGAAACGGCCGGUUUUGCUGGUAAACUGGACUGGCUAUGUAGAGGAGGUGGCUUUGGCAGUAUUGAACUUGAGAAUCAAAGGGCCUAUGCUUGGUGAGGGAGGUGGCUUCAAUUUCUCGGACAUGCGCUAUCUGUCAUGUCACACAUUGGAUUCCACGGCGGGCUAUGAGUAUGCCCGGCGCAGAGUCCUGAGGGAAUUGCUUGACGCCUGGUUGCAGAAGAGGAUAUCCUUCGAGGGACGCACAUUUGAAGAGCAUGACGUCCGCCUCAAUGACCAGGAGAUGAAGGCCAUCCCUGGAGCAGAGUUUGUCGGGUCCAUCGACUCGAUGGGCUUGAAGGUUUGCGUGCGGCAGGGAACUGCUGUCGUCAUUCACCCAGACCAAGAAAAACAAUGGAAGAACAGCGGGCAGGAAUUCGCCGAGCAGUUUGCUGCAUUGAAGCAGCACCACGAGACGCAUUACCAGAAUCUCCUUUCUGAUCAACUCUCACAGAGCAAGUCUGCGAUUGUGAAGGCCACUGCUGCUGAUUCGAGUGCGGCUGACACGGCUGUGGCUGAUCCUGAGCCGCCAAGUGGUCCUGGGGAGCCUUCUGCAGAGAAGCCUGUGACCUUUGAAUCUGAGGAAAAACUGGUUCAGAGUGAUCCGAUUGAGACCCGCUGUGGUUCUGAAGUGAGCGGGGUUGAAUUGAUCAGGUGCAAGUCGGGGAAGAUCUACGUGAUGGCUGACAAAGCUAGGGUGAUCCCGCGAUGGACCUUGCUUGGGGGUUCGGCGCGGGAAAGCAUCUUUGAAAAGAGAUAG